CGCCAAAAAAGGCGAUGCGACAGGGCUCUGCCAGAGUGCGGACUCUGCCAGAGACUCCACAAAUCAUGCACGUAUGAUACAGUGGAGCUCAACACCCCCGAAAUCACACCAUCACCUGCUUCUGAGACGACACAUUUUGGCUGGGAGCCGUUGUCACCGGCGCAGAUCAAACAUGCCAUCAUCGAAAGGCUCGAUUCUGCCACGCCGGAUAGCGUUCUUGCCCGAUACAUCCGAUCAAUCAAUCCUUGGUUUCCUUUUCUCUCUCACUUGGCACAAAGGCAGCUCCCAUCGUCAUGGCAUGAUGCCUCCCUCAGCUUUGCGAUGCUAUCUUUCUGCAUCGUGAUGCUGGAUACCAGACCGCCACUCUCCGAAGGGAGCAAAUGCAAGUCGUUGUAUUUAUGGGCAAAGAGCUGGACAUCAUUAAUCGAGGGACUCGGAAUCCACUCCCUCGAGCUUGUCCAAGCGAGAACGCUGAUAGCGUUGUUCGAAGUCGUACAUGGGCUAUACCCAGCGGCUUACAUCUCCGUCGGAGCCACAACCAGAGCCACCGAUGCACUCAACAUUCAUUCUAGAUAUCUAUCAUCGCCAGACCCUCCAAAUAAUGGAACACCGACACCAGAAGUGGCCUUUAUCUGGUGUGGCAUCUAUACACUUGACAGAUACAUGGCAAUCGAAUCCGGCUCGCGACUUUCGCUUACCGGCUCAGUCACCCCCGACAUCCACGAUGGUCUUAGAAAACUAAUCUGCCCCAGUCUCUACGAUGAGGAUCACACCAGUGCUUUCUAUAAAGUCUCGAGGCUCUAUGGGGCCGCUGAUAUCCUGGAUAAAAUGCAUACUGCGCUCAACAACCCCACCGGAGAUAGCGCUGCCGAUGCACAACACAUAAUGCUACUACUGGAGACCGCCAGCAAUCUCCAGGCAAUAGUCACCAAGGACAUUGGGUAUACGGACGAGGUAUAUUCCGGUGCAUUGAGUCUCUGCAAUACUGGACUCUUUCUUGCAUACGAAAAUGCCAGUAAACUCACCUUCAUUGAUGAAAUCAUUACGACGUGUAAUACCAUCGGUACGAUGUCUCUGAACGACCUCCUGGCGACGUUAGCCGCCAAACUGGAUCCCUUUGUCAACGGCACCACAAUAGCAGACUUUGACCGUCUUUCCCCGUUUACCAUGCUCAUGGUCUAUCGCGCCGCGGCACUCGUGACGCAAAGGCUGUUGGUUGAGAAUACAUGUCAAGACAAUCUGAGGAUGUUGCGGAUCUUUAGAGGAUUUCUACGCACAGUCAGCGAGAGGUGGCUAUGUUGUGAGCGUUAUCUCGAACUCCUUGAUGAGAAUACAACCCCGCGGCUCUUGAAAUUCAUCGAACAGGGGCAGAAUACUGAUUCCGGCAAUACGUAAUUAUGUAGUGGCUUGUAUGAUAGUCUCCUCAUGAUGGUUACUUUGAUUUAUAUGGCAAGCUUGUAGGAGAGGCUAUGAAGAC